AUGCGAAUGGCAUUUGGGCGCUUUACGUCUCGAAACCCAAGGGUCGCCUUGAUAAUUCGGCAAGGCCAAUAUUGCUUCCACGCGCGAUCCCAAAUUUUUGUUUUCCAAAUCCCGAUGGCCACAUGGUUUCUCAUGACCUUCAAGGGUGUGCAUUUGCCUGUACUUACGGAACGGGCGGUGCAUUACGAGAAAGAGAAUCGAUAUUGCAUUAUUCCCACGGAUCGGUCAAUGCCCAGCUGGCUGGUUGAAGUUCUCGGGCAAAGCAAAAUGCAAUUGCAGGGUUCCAAGAAGCCAGCACCCGUUUGCACAUUUGCAACUGCCGGUUAA